CGUUCUGUGGUCUGUGUGUUAUGUGAUUCUGUGAUUUUACUUUUAUAUUUUCUUUCGUAAACAUUACAUUGUCUUACAGUAUUUUCAUUUUUUCUUAAAAAUGCGUUUAACUAAUAUCCUACGCUUCCGAUCCACCCACACCAAUUCCAGUGUUACCUUACAAUUUGUGCCAAAGCACAAACCAGUUCAAGAAAGCGAUGUCAAACAUCUGGAACGCUUCCUCGAGAACAAACCAAAUAUUCUUGUUCUAACUGGUGCAGGAAUAUCCACCGAAUCAGGUAUUCCCGAUUACCGUUCGGCCGGUGUUGGCCUCUACGCUCGCUCAAAUCAUCGACCUGUCCAACAUAUGGAAUUUGUCAAAUCUCAAGCAAUACGUCAGCGUUACUGGGCACGAAACUUUGUUGGCUGGCCAAAGUUCUCUAGCACCGAACCGAAUGCCACCCAUCAUGCAUUAGCUCGUUUUGAACGUGAAGGUCGCAUUCAAGGGAUUGUCACUCAAAAUGUUGACCGUCUGCACACGAAAGCAGGGGCAAAAAACGUUGUCGAAUUGCAUGGGAGUGGAUACAUUGUUAAAUGUUUGUCAUGCGAUUAUCGCAUCGAUCGGCAUGAAUUCCAAUCCAUCCUAAAUACAAUAAAUCCCGAAUUGAAACAAGCUCCGGAAAUGAUUCGGCCAGAUGGUGACGUUGAAAUUCCUUUGGAUUAUAUUGAGAAUUUCAAAAUACCCCCUUGCCCGGAUUGUGGAGGAAAUCUUAAACCGGAAAUUGUAUUCUUUGGUGACAAUGUGCCAAAAGAUAGAAUACAUAAGGUAGCAGAGAUGAUUUAUAAUAGCGAUGGGUUAUUGGUACUUGGAUCUAGUUUGAUGGUAUUUUCUGGGUAUAGAAUGGUUUUGCAGAAUAAAGAUUUACAAUUACCUGUUGCCAUUGUGACGAUUGGUGAAACUAGAGCUGAUCAUUUGGCUGAUAUAAAACUAUCAGCAAAAUGUGGUGAUGUUAUACCAAAAUUGUUUAACAAGUCCAAUUAAAAGAGUGCAAUUUUUAACCAAGAGAACUGGGGUGUUCAUUUUCUGUUGUGCAAA